UUGUGGUUAUAGAUUUACCCUAUGUAACCGGAAAAUCGUACCUGGGUUCAGUUCCACGGCAGUUUUGUAUUCGGUCUGUUCUCAUCACCAUCUCUCUCUCUCUCUGAGUUUCCAAUGGCAAUGAAAAAUAGAUCCCAACCGAUCUUUCUCAAUCUCUCUCUACUUGUCUUCUGUUUUUCUCUCCUCUCUCCGGCCCUCGCGAUCGCUCCCGGGACUGAUGAUGGUUACACUAUAAAUGGGCGAGUGAAGAUUCCAAGUCUUGGUGCAAAAGGAUUACUCCUUCCAGGAAAACUGUCAAAUGUUAAGGUCAUCCUUAAUGGCGGCCAGAGGGUCACAUUCCUCAAGCCUGAUGGAUAUUUUUCAUUCCAUAAUGUCCCAGCGGGUACACAUCUUAUCGAAGUGACUGCAAUUGGUUAUUUCUUUUCUCCAGUUCGUGUUGAUGUCAGUGCCAGAAACCCUGGCAAGGUUCAGGCAGCACUCACAGAGAACAGGAGGGGUCUGACUGAGUUGGUUUUGGAGCCUUUGAGAGAGGAACAAUAUUAUGAGAUAAGGGAACCUUUCAACAUAAUGUCCCUUGCGAAGAGCCCAAUGGGUUUGAUGGUGGGAUUCAUGGUGAUUGUGAUGUUCAUAAUGCCCAAACUUGUAGAAAAUAUGGAUCCUGAAGAGAUGAGGCGAGCGCAGGAAGAGAUGAGGAACCAAGGAGUUCCAUCUAUUGCAAACUUGUUGCCUGGAGCUUCGAGGGGCUAAGAGAGAGACCAGUGCCUCCAGGACUGAAAGAUUUGCGACAGAAAUCUGGUUGAAGGGUGGUGUACUGGCUCAGCAGAAGGGCUGAUGGUCAAAUUUCUUACUGAAGCAGUGUAUCCUUGUAGGAAACAACGUUUGGUUUAUCACAGGGACUACAACUGAUUCUGAGGGAUAAACCAGUGUAUCAUCGAUAUGUUUUCUUUUAUGCGCAAGACCAGUUUUCUUACUUGAUGUUUAAUAUAAAUUAUUGAUUCGGCUGUUCUGUUAUCCAGUACUUGUGUUUAGUUGGAAAUGAAAGAUAAUGUCUUUUUUGGUA